UGUACAGUUUAGUUUGUUUUUUAAUGACUUUUAUACUACUACGAGAUUCCUGAGCAUAAUAAUAAAUAAUUAUUAAUAAUUAACUUUUAUAUAUAUUAUAAAAAAAAUUUUAUUAUCAUUUUUACCAUAAUAAUAUAUAAUAAAAAUAUACAUUAUGGUUUUGGAUGGGUUACGAGGAAGUGGUAGCAGUGGAAGAUGUUCAUCAACAUUUACGGUCAUUUUUUUAUUUAUUGGAUGUUUUAUUAUAACUUGUAAUUGGUGGAGCGUUUCUACUGAAAACGCUGAAUUAAUUAGCCAAGUUAUUCAAUUAGAAGAUAAAUUAAAAAUUAGCAUUGAGGAGCGUGACAAAUAUCAAAGUAAAAAUGAAAAUUUAAAAGAACGUCUGAGAGAAUCUGAAAAUAAAGUUGCAAUAAUGCACGUACGUUUGCAAAAUCAAAUAGAUUUAAAAAAACAAAAUGAUGAGCUAGCUGAUUCACUUUCUAUGUGUAAGAGUGAAGUUGACUCGUUAAAUAAAUUGGAUGUCACCAAAACAGCAACGUUAGAAGCAUUGAGACUCGAAAAAGAAAGUAUUACUACCCAAGUUUUGUUGAAAAAAGAAGAAAUUUCAAAUCUUAUGACUGACAUCAAUCGAACAAAUAGUGAACUGGAGAAAUUAAAGAAGUCAUGCAACAAUAAUACUCAUAAUAAUAAUAAUAAUAAUAUUAAUGAAAAAGUAAAAGACUUAUUGCCAAAAACAGAUGACAUUACAAAUGAAUUAGAAGAAAACUCAUUAAUUAAUAAUAAUAAUAAAGUAAGUAUUGAAGAAAACACGAACAAAAAAUUAAAAAAUGAAAAUACGACAAGCAAAAUAACUGAUUUGCCAAAUAUUGUUUAUAGUAUGAUAAAUAAUAAAAAUAUGAAAGUAGAUAUUGAUAUCAAAUAAAUAAGUGAA